CACUCACACGAGGCAGACCUGGAAAACCGGGACACUUCUCGCAGCUCCGCUCCAUGCACCGGCUCCGUGGCGUGGACAUUUUUUGAAUAUUUCAUCACAGCCUGCUCUUGGCUUUUCCUUCCUCCCCUCUCAUUCUCAUGUGGAUUCUUUGCGCAUCGCGCUCGCGGACGCAGCAGAGGUGUGUUUGAGCUGUUGAAGCAUUUUCCCACCCGGAGAUGAAGACAUGAACGCUUGGUGAAUGGGAAACACCAGCACGGAGGCAGCGCUACCUUCCCCCCCAUUUUGACAAGCUCGCUCGCUCCUCCGUUGGCGAGAUUUGCGCACGCGACACCGGAGCCGGUGUGUGUGCUCUGCGGGGCCGGGCGCGCGUUGUCUGGGAGGAGUAGGGAGGAUGGAGGCGUUUUUUACAGAGGGAGCCCGUGUUUGGGUCAGAGAGAAGGAGCAGUUUGUUCCUGCAACUGUAAACUCCUGCGAUGGAACCCUCGUGCUCACGACCGACUAUGGGGAGGUGCUGUACCUGCAGCAGGCCGAGGUCACCAGGGAGCGAGUGUAUGCCAUGCAUCAGUCCAGCAUCGACGGGGUGGAGGACAUGUCGGCGCUGGCCGAGCUGCACGAGGCCGCCAUCAUGCACAACCUGUACCAGCGCUACCAGAAGGAUAACAUCUAUACUAAUAUUGGCAGCAUCCUGGCAGCUGUCAACCCCUACAAGAAGAUCUCAGGUCUGUACGACCCCGACAGAGUCGACCUUUACUCCAAGCAUCAUCUCGGGGAGCUCCCACCUCACAUAUUUGCCGUGGCCAAUGAAUGCUAUCGCUGCAUCUGGAAACGCCACGACAGCCAGUGUGUCCUCAUCAGUGGUGAAUCGGGUGCUGGGAAGACAGAGAGCACCAAGCUAUUGCUGCGGUUCCUGUCAGUGAUGAGCCAGAAAUCAGCCGGGACGGCUCCGUCAGAGAAAAGUACACGUGUGGAGCAGGCCAUUGUACAGAGCAGUCCCAUCAUGGAAGCGUUUGGAAAUGCAAAGACUGUUUACAACAACAACUCCAGUCGCUUUGGAAAGUUCAUCCAGCUUCACUUCUCAGAGGGUGGAAACAUCCAGGGGGGCUGUGUCAUCGACUACUUACUGGAAAAGAACCGCGUGGUGCGACAAAACCCCGGUGAACGAAACUACCACAUCUUCUACGCCCUGUUAGCCGGCGCCAACAAAGAACAUAAAAGCCUUUACUUCCUGGAGGAGCCUGCUGAAUCUUUCUACUACCUCAGCCAAUCAGGAUGUCUGAAGGACAAGAGCCUGAACGACAAAGAACUGUUCAACAGCGUCAUGGAGGCGCUGAAGGUGUUAGAGUUCACAGAGGAUGAGAUCAGAGACAUGUUCAAGCUGCUCUCAGGAGUCUUACAGCUGGGAAACAUCGAGUUCAUGACGGCAGGAGGAGCCCAGAUCACGACCAAGCAAGUGGUCAGUGAUGCCAGUGAGCUGCUCGGUCUGGACGCCUUCCAGCUGUCCGAAGCCCUGACUCAGCGAUCCAUAAUACUCAGAGGAGAGGAAAUCUGCUCCCCACUCACUAUAGAGCAGGCCGUGGAUUCUCGGGACUCUGUUGCCAUGGCGUUAUAUUCCCAGUGUUUUUCCUGGAUCAUCCUCAAGAUCAACCAGAAAAUCAAGGGGAAGGAAAACUUUAAGUCCAUCGGCAUCCUCGACAUCUUCGGCUUUGAGAACUUUGAGGUGAACCGCUUUGAGCAGUUCAACAUCAACUAUGCCAAUGAGAAACUACAGGAGUACUUUAAUAAGCAUAUCUUCUCCCUGGAGCAGCUGGAGUACAACAGGGAGGGUGUUCAGUGGGACGCCAUCGACUGGAUGGACAAUGCCGAGUGUCUUGACCUCAUAGAGAAAAAACUGGGCUUGUUGGCACUCGUGAAUGAAGAGAGUCGAUUCCCCAAAGGAACAGACUUCACUCUGCUGGAGAAGCUGCACAGCAGACACUCUACAAACCCUUACUAUGUAAAACCCAGACUCGCGGAUCAUCAGUUUGGUAUCAAACAUUAUGCCGGCGAGGUUUUGUACGACGUUAAGGGAAUCCUGGGGAAGAACAGAGACACCUUCCGAGACGACAUCCUGAACAUGCUGAAGGACAGCAGACUGGACUUCAUCUAUGACUUGUUCGAGAAAGUCGGGAGCAGGAACAACGAGGAGAAGAUGGGAACAGCAAGACGAAAACCCACUGUGAGCUCCCAGUUCAGGGACUCCCUCCACGCUCUCAUGGCCACGCUGAGUGCAUCCAACCCUUUCUUUAUCCGUUGCAUUAAACCCAACAUGCAAAAGAACCCAAAUGUGUUUGACCCAGAGAUCGUCAUGAAUCAGCUGAGGUAUUCUGGGAUGCUGGAAACUGUGAAGAUCCGUCGCGCUGGGUUCCCCGUCCGCAGAACCUUCAAAGACUUUUUCUUUCGAUACAAGAUCAUUCUCAAAGAAAAAGUACCAGCAGGUGGCGAUGAUAAAAAGAGGAAUACAGACCUUCUGUUAAAAUAUGACAAGACCAAGAAAGAGUGGCAGCUGGGCAAGACCAAGGUAUUUAUGAAAGAGUCUCUGGAGCACCGUUUAGAGAAAGACAGGGAUGAAGUUCGACGUCAAGCUGCAAUGAUAAUCCGGGCUCACCUCCUCACCUUCUCUGCCAAGAAGCACUUCAAGCUUGUGCGCGCCAGUGUCGUCACCCUGCAGAAACACGUCCGCAAGCACCUCCAACGCAGGCGGUUCGUGAAGCAGCGCGAGGCGGCCCUGGUGCUGCAGAGACACUGGCGAGGACAGGUGGCGCGCACUCGCGUUCGAAAGCUCCGAGAGGAGAAGAAGAAGAAACGGGAGGACGAGCAGAGGAGGAUAGAGGAGGAGGACAAGAAAACACGCGGUGAAGGGGAGAAGGAGGAUGAAGCGGUUGCAGGAGCAGAGAAGGAAAAAAUUCCGGCAGAAGAGGAAACCCGGCAGAUGGAGGAGAUCUUGCAGUUGGAGCGGGAGAUCGAGCGCUUGCAGAAGAAGAGAGAGGAUGAGGUGUCGCAGCUGUGUGAGUCCUCUAAACAGCAGCUGCAGCUGCGCCGGGAUGCUGAGCUUAAGCGAAUGAAGAAGGAGGCGUCUCGCAAGGCCACUGAGCUCAUUGACCUCCUGAACUUUGGCGGCGUAGAUCCCUCGCAGGCAGCAGCAGAAGCAAAGCCCGCUGCUGAAGCAAAACCUCCCAAAAGGUCAAGCGGCGCAACAGGUACUUCCAAAGAGGAGGAGGUAGAUGAGGGCUUCCAUGCUGAGGAGGAGUGCAUCCCUCUCCCUGACUUCCCUCCUCCUGCUGAGUCGAACGCUCCCGUGGAUCAGGACAUAUUUGCUCAACUUCCUCCUCCCCCACCUGCCUUUGCUGAGGGGACAGUGCCUCCUGCGCCACCUCCUCCACCUCCUCUGCCCACAGAUGGGGAAUUUGUCACUGGAAUUCCUCCGCCGCCUCCACCUGGAGAUGGCUCCACUGUUCCUCCACCUCCUCCCCCUCCGCCUCCCCCAGGAGAGGGAGAGAAGACAGAGGCAGCUAAGGCAGAGCCGGAGAGGAAGGUGAGCAUGGUAGAGAGCCUCGGGGACGGAGAGGAGCCGAUCUACAGCAUGCCGGCCGACACCGAGUCAGACUACGACCAGGAGGACGAGGAAGGGUCCGUCAACGCUGGGGACGACAGCUCCGUGUCCGGGAGCAACCGCGGCAGCGCUGCCGUGAUGGACGAGGAGCACCCGAGGAAAUCCACCUGCACCAACGCCAGCAUCGAGUCCUACAGAGGCAGCUCUGACUCUUAUGCAGACAGUGAUGAUGAGCAUGAUGGGAUGAUGGACACGGAUGAAGAGGUGACCAAUGGCAGAGUCACUUUGUUUAAUGGGAAUGGACCACCAUAUUUCCAUGGCUACCUCUACAUGAAGGCUGGGCUGAUGAUCCCGUGGCGCAGGAGGUGGUGCGUGUUGAAAGACGAAACCUUCAUGUGGUUCCGGUCAAAACAAGAGUCUCUGAAGUCUGGCUGGCUCUACAAGAAAGGAGGAGGACUCUCGACUCUGUCACGGAGGUUGAACUGGAAGAUGCGCUGGUUUGUGCUGAGGGACAGUAAACUCAUGUACUAUGAUAACGACAGCGAGGAGAAGCUGAAGGGAACCAUCGACAUCCGGGCCGCAAAGGAGAUUGUUGAUAAUCAUGAAAAGGAAAACGCUCUGAACAUUGUGACAGACGAGCGGACCUAUCAGGUGUUUGCAGAAUCACCCGAGGACGCAAGCGGCUGGUUCAAUGUCCUCAGUAAAGUGCGUGUUUGCACUCCUGAGCAGUUGCUGGAGAUGUCCCAUGAACAAGCCAACCCAAAGAAUGCUGUGGGAACUCUUGACGUUGGGCUGAUUGACUCUGUUUGUGCGUCAGACAACCCCGAUCGGCCCAACUCUUUCGUCAUCAUCACGGCAAACCGUGUGAUCCACUGCAACAGCGACACGCCAGAGGAGAUGCAUCACUGGAUCAGUUUGCUGCAGAAACCCAAAGGAGACGCCAGGGUGGAUGGACAGGAGUUCCUGGUCAGAGGUUGGCUCCAAAAGGAGAUGAAGACGAAUGCUAAGAGCACCUCCCUGAAGCUGAAAAAGCGCUGGUUUGUUUUGACCCACAACUCCCUGGAUUACUACAAGAGCUCGGAACGAAACUCCUCCAAGAUGGGAACUCUGGUCCUGAACUCCCUCUGCUCCGUCAUUCAGCCGGAUGAGCGUGUGCACCGGGAGACAGGUUACUGGAACAUCAUCGUGUACGGGAGGAAGCAUUCGUACCGCCUUUACACCAAGAUGCUGAAUGAAGCUAUGAGGUGGACUGCUGCUGUACAGGGAGUCAUAGACAGUAAAACUCCCAUAGAAACUCCAACACUGCAGCUCAUCAGAGACAUCAAGGAAAACAGCGUGAACCCGGACAUAGUGGAGCAGAUGUACAGGAGAAACCCCAUCCUGAGAUACACUCAGCAUCCUCUGCACUCUCCUCUGCUGCCGCUGCCGUACGGAGAGGUCAUGACCUCAGUACAAAGGCGGCAGGGCUACGCCAGUCUGCAGGACGAGGCGGUGCGAGUGUUCAACUCCCUGCAGGAGAUGGAGACUCUGGCAGACCCGGUGCCCAUCAUUCAGGGCAUCCUGCAAACCUGCCAGGACCUGCGUCCUCUCAGGGAUGAGGUUUAUUGUCAGGUGAUCAAACAGACCAAUCACGUGCCUCAGCCCAACAUCCCAGCCAAUCGGGCACACUGGCACCUGCUCACCUGCAUGAGCUGCACCUUCCUGCCCAGUCGAGUCAUCCUCAGAUACCUCCGCUUCCACCUGAAAAGGGUUCGUGAGCGUUACUCCGGCACGGAAAUUGAGCGUUAUGCUACUUUCAUUGGAGAGUCUCUGAAGAAGACCAAGACUCGAGAGUUUGUCCCCUCUCAGGAGGAGAUUGCUGCCCUGCUGGUGAGACAGGAGAUGAGCACCACUGUCUACUGCCACGGAGGAGGUUCCUGCAAGAUCUCCAUCAAUUCGCACACCACAGCUGGAGAGGUUGUGGAGAAGCUGAUCAGAGGCCUGGCCAUGGAGGAGAGCAAGAACCUGUUCUCUCUGUUUGAACACAACUCCUCCAUUGACCGAGCUUUGGAGAGCAGAGUGAUUGUCGCAGAUGUCCUGGCCAAGUUUGAAAGAUUGGCAGGCAGUGACGAGGAGGAGGAGGAAGGAGAAUGGAAACUCUACUUCAAACUCUACUGCUUCUUGGAUGUGGAGAGCAUGCCCAAGGAGGGAGUGGAGUUUGCAUUCAUGUUUGAACAGGCUCAUGAGUCUCUGAUAAGCGGUCACUUUCCGGCCUCGGAGGAGACCUUGCAGCACCUGGCGGCUUUACGUCUACAGUAUCUCCACGGCGAUGGGGCAGGUCGAGCCGGAUGGAGUCUGGGAAGUGUUUAUCCAAUUGGGCGUCUCCGCAAUCGCAUCUUCCACUCCACCAAGACAGGCAUGGGGGCCGCAGGUGGAGCUGGAGCAGGUGGAGCAGGAGGAGUGGGAGACGGGAAGGGCAUCGUGGGAGGACCAGGAGGAGUCAGCGUUGGGAUAGAGAGACGAAAGACCCCGAGCUUCCUGGAUGGAACCCUGAGGAGGAGCUUCAAGACUGGGUCACUGAAGAAGCAGAAGGUGGAGGAGGAGCAGAUGGAGAUGUGGGUGAAGGAGGAGACGUCUGCCACACGGACCAGUGUUCUGGAGAAGUGGACCCGGCUGCAGGGAAUGCCUCAGCACCAGGCCAUGCUGAAAUACAUGAGCAUCAUUAAGGAGUGGCCCGGAUAUGGAUCUACUCUGUUUGACGUGGAGUGUAAAGAGGGCGGUUUCCCUCACGACCUGUGGCUCGGCGUGAGCGCCGAGAACGUUUCCGUGUAUAAACGAGGUGAACCCAAACCUCUGGAGACCUUCCAGUACGAGCACAUCACCUUUUUUGGGGCUUCGCAGCCCUGCACGUACAAGAUCAUUGUGGAUGAGAGGGAGAUGUUCUUUGAGACUCCAUUGGUCGGAGAGAUCACCAAGAUCAUGAGGGCCUACAUAAACAUGGUGGUGAAGAAACGCUGCAGCAUCAUGUCAGUGUCCAGCAUUUCCAGUUCCUGGGCCAGGUGAUUUUCAGCAGCCGGUCAGAGCCCUCAGUUUGUCCGCAGACAAACAGACGCAGUGGCCUCCCCAAGUGUCGGUCGGUCGGUUGGUUUUGAUGGAGGCAGUCGCACCAAGCAGCCAAUCCCCGAGGGUGAAUUGUGAGUGGCGGCCGAGUGUGUCCACACUCUGGCUGGCCGGGGGUUUCACUUUUGGGAUAAGGGAUCCAUCUUUAAAAGGAGCAUGACGUUCCUUUGAAAUACAUCACCCUCCCCUCUGUUGUAGUCCUGCAUGUAGGUAUUGAAGCACACUCCAAACUUCUCUCCGCUUUCCUCUGUGGGAAAAAAACUACAAGCACAACUCAGCCGCCUCACUCUGUCCAAAGGUGGCUCCCUUCUCCUCCCCCCGGUGCACUGCCAGACAGAAGACAGCCACAUUUUCUCAGUUAUGUUUCUUCCUCACCUCAUGCAUCCUCACUUCCUGUUGCAUCUUUAUUUGCUGUUAGAAUACUUUGCUUGCUUUCUCUCUCUCUGUUGUUCUCUCUGUUGUUCUCUGUGUGACUUUAUUUAUUUAUUUAUUUUUAACAUCAUCUAAAUUGCAUCGUUUGUAACCGAGAGAAAGGACUUCCUGUAAAUGAUGCUCAUUCUUCUUCGGGGCUGCUUAAGAUAAAAAAAUAAGCCCUUACUGACUCCACAGUGCCACCGUGUGGCCCGGGGGAGGAAAAUUCACCCUGAAGAAGAGGCUUUAAAAAUUUCUGAACAAUAUCAAAUCAAUACUAUUGCUGAGGAAGAAGAGAGGCUAUGCCUCGGAGGCUCUCGUCUCUUGUUUAGCCUGACAUGAAGGGCGGUGAUGUGCAUGGGUAAAUGCCUCGUGAGGCUCUAUAAAGAGAAUAUCAACCAGAAUAGUAUGAUGCAAAACAUCUCCCUAUAUAUAUAUGUCUACAUGUAAUACUCACAGCGUAAAUCUAAUGUAUAUUCACAUACGUGUAAACUGAAACUGAAUUGUUUUUGUACUGUAUAUCACACAAUAUGAGAGUUAUUAAAUGUACAGUGGCCCCUGCACUGUACAGUAUAUAGAUGCCAUACUAUGAUGCAAUGUGACACCUCUUGUGUAACAUACGUGCGACUGAAUGGUGUUGAUGACAACCACUGUCUGUGUGUGAAUCUGAUGCCAAUGCUGUAUGUGCACCAUUCACUGGCUGUGCCGUUAAUGUGACUCACAGAAAAUGAGCAGGAACACAAGACGGGGAAAUGGGAAAUGAUGGUGGUCAUGUUUUUUACAGUGUUUUUUGAUGAAUUUAUCAUUAUUGUUACGUGUGGGACUCACUCAGAAGCAUCUGAUGGAGACAUGAUGGCAUCUUGUGUAUAGGCGACUGCUCAGUCGCCUUUUCUCACCUUUUCUUCACUGAGAUCAGUGAUUUAAAGGAGAGCGUGUAAGCUCCAGAUCGUCUGGGUCUCCAACAAUGUGACGUUUUAUUACUGCUACUACUCUUAUUACUGUAUGCCCCUCCCCCCCACUAUCUUAACCACCCCAAAGUGCUGAAUGUGCGUGUACUUGAGCGUAUUUAUGGUGUAAUCCAAAACCAUUUGGUAAAGAAAAAGGGACGUGAGUGUACUCCUCAGAAACGAUGUGUAGUGACUUCACUAAUGUUUGCAAAGAAUGGUGUUGUGCUUGUGAUUUAAAGGGAAACGCAUGGGAUUUCAAGGGAGGGUAAGGGGUUAUUUAUUUCUAAUUGUACCGUGUGUAUUGCAAGGUGGGUUUGGGACGAUGAUGUGUUAAAAAAAAAUAUAUAAAUAUAUAUAUAUAUAUACAGGAUGUUUUAGUGAAAAGGAGCAGAUAAGACACUGUGAGGAAAUGCACUCAGAGAUGGUUCAUGUGUGCACUGAUAAUGCAGAGAGUCAUGAGUAUGUUGUGUGUCUGUGUGUUUUGGACUGAAAGGGAAGUCACUGCUCUGUUAACAUCACCGGACAAUGUGGCACACCAGCGUCCCUCGUGUGUAAACGCAAAAAAACAAAGCACAUGUUAAAUACGGGCCAAAUUACAAACCGCAAUCCUCAUUAUCGUCCUAUUAUUACAUCAAUCUUAAAGGUUAUAUAUGAAACAUAUGUACAACAGCGACCUUCAGUGUUUAAAAUGGUUACUACGAUCACAAACGUAGAAAUACACAGUGUUAACGCACACGCAUAAGGGUCUCAUAGUCUUUUCUUUUUUAUGACAAUUGAACCUAUUUGGUUAAUUGUGUCUUUAACUUCCUCGCCGCCUUCAAGCGUCUAUAUUUGAUCACUUUUCUACUGCAGACCCUCGUGUUUCCUCUCCUCCGGGUUGAGAAGUUUUUGAGACGGGUACCGAGGCUUUUUACGUCCCAAAUCAAUACUUAAGCAGCUGUCGAUGUGCUACUAGCUGCGUCAUUGGGUGGGUAGUCGUUGGUGGUGCCACAUACCAAAAACAAAAACCCAAACCAAAACAUAAAUACAGUUUGCAACCCGCAAAAUGAAAGUGUAUUUUGUUU